AUGCCUUAUAAAAUAAUUAUAUCGCGUGCGGCAGCUCGAAGCGAGCAACCAAAAGUUGUCGAACGAGGUGAAGAAACUCCGAGAGCUGAUGGGGAAUGGGACUCCGCAUUCGGAUCUCCCCGUAGCACAUUAGGUUGGCAUCAUCUUUGCCAGAAUCUUCUAUCGUUAUUCUCAAUUAUCCUUCGAGGGAUGGCUGAACAUUCAGUCGGUCUGGCGCCGCCAAUCGUCCAACUAAUUUUUGGACUUGAAGCCGUCUACCUAUCGCCUCGCCUAACUGUGUGCUUCGGUCAUUUCUCUGACCCAGGUCUGCUUGAUGAAAUGCGUGUAUGCGCCGCUUCUUUCGUGACUACCCAGCCAUAG